ACAGCCACUAUAAAUAUAGCAUGUCAUUUGACCGUCACUUGACGGGUCAUGUGACGCGUCUGUAGUAAUUUCAAUGACCGCAUUCUCAUUGUGGCGCUAGUGGAUUUGGACCUCUUUUGGCCAAUUCCACUCGACCAUGCGAUCAUAAUGAAUGAUCUCUUUUAUUCAUGACCGUAAUAUUAGACACAACAAAAAAAAUACAGAAGGAAGAAAGAGAAAAAAAAAUUGUCGCAAAUCGAGUAAAAGUUUUCACAAGACUAUAGUAUAUAUAGAAUACAAUAGAUUAAUUUCUAAUUACCUAUAUGUACAUAAGGUAACGUGUUUAAUCUGAGCCAAAGGAUUCCAAGAAGCCAAGCAAGCUUGCUUGAAUUGUCCUUAAUCUGAGGUUUAACUCAUCAUCGGAGUGGUUUUUAUGAAUACACAGAAUCCACUUAAAAGACGAAUCGUAUAAAUACAAAUUAAAAAUGGCAGGAGAACAGCAACAAUUUUUUCUCAAGUGGAAUGAUUUUCAAUCGAACAUGGUGUCGUCGUUUAAACAUCUCAGAGACGAAAAGAGUUUUACAGACGUGACACUUGCCUGUGAUGGACAAACGUGCAAAGCUCACAAAAUGGUGCUUUCAGCGUGUAGUCCCUACUUCAAAUCUCUCCUUGAAGAAAAUCCGUCCAAACAUCCAAUAAUUAUCCUUAAAGACGUUGCAUAUAGUCACCUCCAAGCAAUCCUCGAAUUUAUGUAUGCUGGAGAAGUUAAUGUCUCUCAAGAUCAAUUGCCAGCAUUCUUGAAGACAGCAGACAGGCUCAAAGUUAAAGGUCUCGCUGAGGCACCUGGUGCUAUUAAGAGAGAAGGCUAAACCCUACUUACUUAGCUAUGGUGUUAUUGGAAGUGUGCAGACUGAACGAGUGGAAUGUAUGUGUAAACAAGUAAGAUAAUUGGAAUGAAAACGAAGGAGAAACUGAAGCGCUACACUCACACAUAUACCAUAAAACAUGUAAUACACAGCGUAAGUGAAGAAUUUCACCUUCUGGUUCAUGACUUGGAUCAACAUCACACCAGUUAUGGAUCAAUGAUUUUUAAACUUUUUCUAUCCCUCUUUUUCCUUCCCGCCCAUAUAUUAUUCCAAAUGUAGAAUUAUUGUUGCAAGAUUCACUGAAAGAUUUAUAUUGAUCAAUGAUUGUAUGUUGAUGUCAGUUUUGAACCUUAGGCGAUGUACACUAACCAUAAACGUUGAUUAUAUUUUUUAUUAGAAAAAAAUGCUGCAAAUUAAAGUUCAAAGGGAAUAAGAACUAUAUAAUAAGCAGGUCAUAAUAGUUUUAUACACACUUUGGUCGGGGCACUUUGUCAAGUUAUAAUUAUUAAAUGAAAAUUAAAUUAAUCUUUUUUUAAAAAUAAUUAAAUUUUACUUCGAUGUUUCAAGUAUUUGUCGAUCAAUUUAUCAUUCCCAAAACUUUACGUAGUCAUUACAGUAUGAAAUGGUGAAAGAGAAUAAGUUAAAAACAUUUAAUUAUUUUGCAAUUAAUAUUUUUAAAAACGAUGGAAUAUUCAUUACGAGAAUAAUUACAUGGACAAUGGGAACGCGCUUUCGACUCUGCUCUCCAAACUGAUUAACUGUCGAGAUGUUGUUUCUAAUGUGAGCAUUACCUAUAAGCCUUUGACCUGAAUAUUAUAUAUUAUUUACAUGGUAUUUUCGAUGGGCAUUCAAGAAAACAGAUGGGUUUACAGAGUUGAUAGCGAGAGUAUCAAUAGAUGAAAUAGUAUUACAUGCAUAAAAAUUACUACGGUAAAGAUGCCCACAAAUUUUGAACCUAGUCCCUUUCACCGUUUCCCGAUAGAACUAUCUUUUAAACUCCUUAAAUAUCAAUUGGCAAUUGCCCCGGUCACUUGUUUCAAGGGUAUAGAAUCCAGUUUGCUAGAAAAACGUAGACAAUUAUUAAGUGAAUACUGCAGACUGAUUCGAUUCUCCUCUUGCAUUAAAUUGACAAUUAUUGUGUGAACAGAUGGAAAAUUCAAUAAAAAAAAAACCAACAACACAAUCGAUGAAAAAACCUUUUCAGUCUUUUGAAAUUUUAUCUUUGCAUAGUUACCAUUUUGAAAUUGGAAUUUUCACAAAGGAGACCUUGAAAAUCCUUACGUUUUCCAUAGACUACAGAAGGUUAACUCUAACUAUUUGAAAUUCUAGUAACAGUGAUUCACCCUAACCAAAUACUGCCAGGGUUGUACCGGCGUAUUUACAUUAUUACCGAUAGACCAAAUUUAUUUAUGAUAAUAAUAUAUUGAGGGUUAAUUGUCCUGAAGCCGUUGGAGGUAUAAUGUGACAUAAAACUAUGAAGAAAAUAUGAAUUUUUUAUCGCCAAUUGCGCACAGUUCCCUUACCACUUGGAACACUACCAGUAUCAUCAGUAUGUGUGUGGAUAGACAAUUGAGUUGACAACAUUGUUAUAAAAUAAUUCACAUGAGCAUAUAUGGAUGAGUCUAUAUGAUGCUAAAUUAUAUUCUUAGAUACUGAUAAUGAUGAAAAAAAAUCUAAACCAUAAAGAUAUUCUCAGUAACAACGUACAAAUUUAUUCCCGAAUUGAUUUUCGUUAUCGAAACAUAUUCAGUAAAAUUUCGUAUGAAGAAUGGUCAUAUCUGAGCUAUAAUUUUACGUAACUUUGAAAUUACCGUAGUUUUACCUAUUUCGCUUCGAUUUAGAAUACGUUAUAGUUCCCAAAAAUCAGUUGGAUUCUGUUUUCAUUCCAGGAAUUCGUAUGUUUCGAGUGUUUUUUUUCUAUUUCAUCUAUGAUUCUCUCGAUAGAUUAGAGACUAGAGAAUCUUAUGAUGAUUCUCCACGAUAAGCCUUGGUAAUCAAGAAUUGAUAAAUUUAAUUUAAUCAAAGCACUUUGAAUCCAGGAAUUUGAUCUUCCGUUCACUCAAUUUUUUCAAUUUCCCUUCUCAUCCGUGUGUAUUUACAUUAUUGAAUUAUUGUAAGCGAAUUCUGGAGUUAAUUUUACUGUAAACUCGGAUCGACAAUGAUAAAUAAUGUUGAAAUAUGAAAUAAAAAGUGUAAAUACAUAGGAAAUCAUA